AUGUCCUGCAACCCUCACAGGAGGAAGAAGCCCUUCAUAGAGAAGAAGAAAGCUGUAACAUUUCACUUAGUGCACAGAAGUCAGAGGGAUCCACUUGCUGCUGAUGAUACUGCACCCCAGAGAGUUCUGCUGCCUGCGCAGAAAGGGCAUGAAGAGCAGAGAAAGGAAGAGCAGCGGAAGUAUGGAGUGUUCUUUGAUGAUGACUAUGACUAUUUGCAGCAUCUGAAAGAAGCAUCUGGUCCUUCUGAGCUUGUCCCUUCUGUGCAUGGUCAACAGAACAGAAUUGUGGUGACAAGCAAGGGGCAUAUAGCGGAGGAGAUUCAACAAAUUCCAGCCCCAUCUAUUAAGUUACCUUCCUCAGUAUUUGCCACAGAGUUUGAAGAGGAUGUGGGCUUGUUAAAUAAAGCUGCUCCUGUUUCAGGGCCACGACUAGAUUUUGACCCUGAUAUUGUUGCAGCUCUUGAUGAUGAUUUUGACUUUGACGAUCCAGAAAAUAUUCUGGAAGAUGAUUUUGUUCUACAAGCAAAUGAACCAAAAAAAGGUGGCUCAGAUGCUGAGGAUGAAGAUGAAUGGGAAGAUGUGGAGGAGGAUGGUGACGAAAAGGACAGUUGCAGUAGUGAUGAAGAUCAUGAUUCAGAAGGUCCUUUAUCAGAAGAUGGAGUUAAUGGACAGUUGAAAGAAUUUCUCUUCAUGCAAGAAGAAACCAGGAGUCGUUUCACAGAAUAUUCUAUGACAUCUUCAGUAAUGCGAAGGAAUGAACAGUUAACCCUGUUGGAUGACAGAUUUGAGAAGUUUUUUGAACAAUUUGACGAAGAUGAAAUUGGAGCUUUGGAUAAUGUGGAAUUAGAAGGCUAUAUUAACACAGACAACGCUCGGUUACAGGAAGUCCUGAAUGAUUACUACAAAGAGAAAGCAAAAAACUGUGUGAAACUGGAUGUUCUCGAACCCUGUGAAGAUUUAGACUCUCCUGUUAAUGAAGAAAGUGAAGAAGAAAAAGAAGAAAUAGUAGCUCUGGUUAUUGAGGAAUCCAAAGAAAAGUGGGAUUGUGAAUCAAUUUUGAGUACAUAUUCAAACUUGUAUAAUCAUCCAAAGCUUAUUGAGGAGCCAUCGAAGCCCAAACCAAUCAAAAUUUCCCAGAAGACUGGAAUUCCUCUACACAUCUUACCUCAGAAAGGUCUUACGGCUAAACAGAUUGAACGCAUGCAAAUGAUAAAUGGCAGUGACUUGCCAAGAGCAUCAACACAGCCGCGUUCCAAAAAUGAAAGCAAAGAGGAUCGCAAAGCUAGAAAGCAGGCAAUAAAAGAAGAGCGAAAGGAACGCAGAAUGGAGAAGAAAGCCAACAAACUAGCCUUCAAGUUGGAGAAAACAAGGCAGGAAAAAGAGUUGCUCAAUCUGAAACGGAAUGUUCAAGGACUGAAGCUGUCUUAACGAAACUGGGGAACUUUCAUUGUGGAAGUGUCCUUGCGUUUUUAUCUGUAUUAAGAAGGGAACUGCUGACUCAUCGCUUUGCCAGUCAUGCACAAACAAGGUGUUGAGAUAUUUCUGUGACAAGAUCCAGUAUACUUGUCGUUCUCUCCGAACUGAAGCUAUACAUUAACAAUGUAUUAGUAAUGUUGCAUUGUCGUGAAUGACAUGACAACUGUUGAGAACUUGCAUUAUACUAGAUACGUAUAAUAAAAAAUAUUUUUCUAA